AUGAAUUCAAAUCCCAAGGAACAGGUCGCCCGUGGGGCCUCAUCCAAACUGGCACAUCAAUUUUGGUUCUCAUCCUCCGGCUACAUCCCACCCGGAGCUGGUGGAUCGUCCAAUAGCAAAUCAGCACAGACGGACGAGGAGAAGCAACGAGAGCGCCAGAGAAAUGAAAGAGAGCAACAGAAUGCUCAACUUGAGGCGCAAAAUAUAAAAAGAGAACGCGAUGCUCGCGAGGCGAGACAAUUGGACCUAGAAAUACGACGUCAGCAGGAGAGAGAAGCUCGCCAAGCGGCACACUUGGAAUCCGCCCGCAAGAAGGAACACGAUAAUCAAAAGCUCCAAAAUCAAAAUCAGCAAUCAUCCUCGCAGGUUCACACGCAAUUGCCACAGCAGGCAUCCGUGAAGGGUGUGGAACGUGGCACAACUCCAAGAGCGACUGCAUCCUGUGAGAGAACACUGCCAGCGGACCUGAAGCCGAGCAAGAGUCACGAGAGGAAGUCGCAGACUCCGCCAGAUCGAACUGCAUCCUCCUCGGCGCCAGACCAUACAGGAACGGACCGUAGGGUGCAUCAAGACGGAAAGAGUGACUAUCUAACGAGCGGAAGUAAGGAGCGUACAAGCACGACCCCAUCACCGCAAACCGUGACGGCAGCACCCACUCAUGUGGCGGCUGCGACAAUUCCAGCAGCCGCAGCAUCCAUCGGAAUCAUUGCCGCCCUGCGUGAUGACUCCACCGAAAGUGAUCAGUCAAUAACGUACUCCCAGUCUCAGUCUGAGACAAUCCAUCGGUUGAUGUAAGUAUCCUUCUCUCUACAACCAUUAACUUUCACCCCCUUCCCUCACGCCCAAUGAGCUGGAGACCCUCUAAGCGAACACAAAAAGCCUCCUUCACCCUCUGUGCAUUCAGUGAGUGUGAGGGAGUCAAUAGAAUCAUCCCCUGGACAGAUGUCCAACCAUACGGCCCUCAGUCACGCCAAUGUAUAUCACCCCCAACCUUCGACAAGUACUUUUUGUGAAUGGCACACAACAGACCUGUGCAAUAAAUCCAUAACUUCUCACGGAGCUUUCUCACACACACACACAGAGUGACACUUCUGGGGCACCCUGUUGCCAAAGCUCAUGCCAUCUCGCUCCAUCGUGUGGAUAAUGGGGGAAAAAGGAAGUGUUGAUUGUAACGUGUCUUCUACCGCACUGCAGAUGUGGAGCAGGGUGUUCCCGUGACGUAGGAAACACCCUCACCCAUCCUCUCAACACCCCUCCCCACUCUGGGUCUAGACUGAUGCGGUGCAAAAUUAGCAAUUGCGAAGAGCUUUUGCCAUGCACUCUAAAGCUCUACUUCCUGUGAAACUUUUCACACACAAAGAGCAAGAAAAAACGUGCGCUUUUCACAAGGGAAAUGAAAAAGUGUGGGUGGGUUAGGUAUUGAGUAUUGAGUUUCAACUGUAAAUGUAAGAAACUUUGCAGAAUGCUUGUCCUAUGAGAGUUUUCCUUUCAAAUUCCCUUUAUUUUGAAUUUCCACAAGAGAUAGAAAAACUGAUAAAAUAGCUUUUGAAAUUAGAAUCUUCUAAAAACUUUGAGGUUUUCCUUAUUUUAGUUCAUGGCAAGUUAUUCAAAAGUUUAUUUGAUAAGAAGAAAAUCAAAGUUUUCUUACGCUAUUUCUUAACAUUCUCUUUUCAUUCGUAGUUUUAGAAUAAUUUUAAGACUUUUUGAAGUUUUUUUGGAGUAAUGGGAAUAAUAGAAUAAGGAAAAGUCCAAAAAAUAAAUGAAAACUGGAACAACUUCGGUAUAUAACAAGUUUUUGCAAAAAAACUGAAGUAUUUGACUGAAUUCUAAGAACUUUUCCAGGAACUUCUCUUUUUCCCAGAUCAAUUUGAUUUAUCUCAAGGGAAAAAAGAACUUUUCAAGCUUUUCCGAAUGACUUACGUAACCUACUCCACCCUGAUCUUUCGUAAGAAAAAAAAGAAAAGGUUAAAGAGCAUUACAGUGAUGUUAAUUACCUGAGGAAGGAGAAAAGUAUAUCCGAAGGUAGAUAAAAAAAAAGCUCCAGAAAAGCUCUCCGUACUUUACUUUUCCAUAAAUAUUUCAAUUUAAUGAGAAAACCUAAUAAAUUUUUCAUGAUUUUCAAUACGUUCUUUUGUUUAUGUAAUUUAUAAGCAUAAAAAAAUGGUAAAUGAUGCUCUAAAAAUGAGGUAUAAUUUCAUUGCCGUGUAGUUUAUAACUUUUCGCAUAUACAAAUGCGCUGGUAAAGUUUGGAACGGGGUGCGCAAUUGAUGAGGAAGAAAGUUUAGUUUAGUUAAUUUACACAUAUAGUGCUACCUACAUAGUCAUUAAAUUUGUUUUCCACCAUGUUUAUCGUCCAACUUUUGUACUUAUUCGCCCCGUUCGGUGUAUAUAUAGUGCAAACAAAGGAAUUCCCCAAAGUGCAUUUCAUGCGCAACUCUGGAGCUUUUGCUCCAAAAAUGAAAACUUUCCCCUUCGUCUCUUUCUCGCAGCGCUCUUGUGGCACACAUUGUACCCACCCCACAUACACACACACACACCUACUCUGCCUGGAAAAUAUCGCAAUGCAGUUUUCUUCUCACUUUUCAUAGCCCAUUUGACCAAACCCCAUUGCGAGUCGCUUUGCCUCCUUUAUUUUUUGGGUUCGUCACUGACCCUUUUGUGUAUACGUCAUCUUGUAUUCUGUGCAGAGUCUUCUACUUGCCAUCCUCCACUGCCCAAGGAAAUGACAUGGCUUUUUAUUGCACAUUUUCUGCUGCUCCAUUUCUCUACUUUAUACUUUUUUCCCACACACCAUCCCCCGCAGAACCCCUCAAAGAACCACCCAAAACUAUAUAAUAACCCUCCUCGCCUUCAGCACGAAAUACAUCAAGUAAAGAAGAAGAGUUUUCAUGGAUGGAAAGGAAAAAUUGUCUAUGGCAUAUUUUCUUCUCAAUUUCCAACUCUCACACCCCCAUUCACACCAGAAAUGGAGACGCCUGGUGGUUUGCUUUCAAUUCCAACCAUCAACAAAUAAGCUUCGAAGCAAUUUCCAAGUGUGAUGAAUAUCUAUUUACAUAGAUUGCUAUCUCUCAGUGAAGGAUGCCAUUUGAGCCCCCCUAAGAAUGGGGCCGCAUGUGUGUGUGGGUUGAGAAAUAAAAUCUAAAAAUGGUUCUGUAUACCAAAGGAAAACUAUCAUAGUCAAAAUUCACCCCGGCAAAAACAUCAUCACGUUCUUCGGUAUCAUUUUCCAGUAUAUUUCACGCGAAGAUGCGGGAUGGCCUUUUCCGCAUUUUCAUCUCCCGCAUGCAAAAUUGUGAGACUGGAAGUUGUACACAAACUUUAACUCCCUCUCAUCCCUUCCAUGUCAUUCGUUCAUUGAAAUGUUGGCGAAAUAUUUUUGCUGGAUUAUCCGACAAUCUUCCAUCCAUCUCCGUGAUCCUUCUCCCUCGUGCUAUGAUGAUUUUCUCACAGGAAAAGCAUCACAGAGACUUUCAUCCUUCUCCGUCAUAGUUGAGGGGUUUAGAGCUAAGAGUAUUUAAUAUCCAUAUAGGGAUCACAUGAUGAUGAGACAUAAAGCUCAUUAUACUCUUGCUUUUUGAUUACUUUUCUCCUACUUUUAAUUUCGUUUCAAUUUAUUUCUCUAAAUCCGCGUAUAAUUUGUUAUGUAAUUAAUAUUCUAUGAUUAUGUUUCUCUUUAUUUUUCUUUCACUAGUUAAGCGUUGAUUAAUAAAAUCUUUCUAAUUUUAUUAAAUUUUUUCAACAAAAUCUCUUUAAUUAUUUAUUUCAUAAUAAAAGCUCAUAAAAGCUUUUUCCUCUGCAGUAACCCAGUUUUUAUACGCCUGGUGUAAUAAAUAGUUAUGUAAAUUUUAAUUGACAAUUAUCUCGGCUGCCACCGAAUUUUUAUAUGUUUAUAGAUGCGUAGAAUUUUCCAUUCAAUUUUUCCUCAUUUGUGAAAAAACUUUUUGCAAAAAAAAUGAAAUUAUGUAAAUUAAAAACAUUUUUGUUUUUUUUUUGGUACAAAAAAUUUAUUUAUCUAAUUUAGAAUAAAAUUUAGAAUAUCUAAUUUAGAAUUUGUUAGAAACGUCGCGUAAAAAAAUAAUUUCUUUGUAUUAUAUGUACCAGUAUUUAAAAUAUUAAUAUGUACCUAUUUGUAUGGAAUUUAUUAUGUAGAAUAAUUUCCCAAACAUCCUGGAAAAAAUAUAUUUUUAUUUAAUUCUUCUUCAUAUUUUUGUAUAAGUUUAAUGACAAAUCUCAAAAUAAUAUUUUCCAACAAAUAGCAAACUUAUUUUCACUAAUUUUUCAAAUUCAAUUUAUUAUAUAAAUCAUUGGUGUUGGAGUUUCAGCAAAUUGGGAAAAUAUAAAUGAAUUAUACUUUCCAAACAUACCCCCCAUCCCCAUACCAUCCAAUUCGAAAAACUUUCUCUGAACUUUGAGUUAUGGUGCGACAAAAAACACAAAA